AUGCCGAACGAGCGACCAACACUCUUCCGUAUAUUACAGAACCAACCAGGACGGAAAGUAGAGUUGGUGACGCCCAUCACUGCUCUCAAGAGGGUAUACCCCUCGGAGUUUUUCAUCAAAAAUGACCACAGCAAACCCACCAUAACUCUCCCCAAGAACUCGCUGACUGUACCCCAGUUGCAGGCGUCGCUCACGGAUGGAAUUGCUCUGUCAAGAGCUAGAGUAGAACAUGCUGUUUUGUUUCUCCAUCACUUCGGCAAGAGCUUGGUUGGAAAGCUGACCGAAAAAUGGACGUCGUUUGGCGUCGUGAUAGGGGACGUGGGCGAUGAGAUCACACCUUGGGAUCUUGUGACGAUUGUCUUUUCAGAGCGGGCACCCCCUCCAGCAGUUCCUUACAACGGAACUCUCACCUCAGAGCCGGGAUUGUUCGGCUUCCUGCUCUUUCUAUACAGGGCAUUGUCAGUCAGAGACCGAGGCACUGCCCUCUACCGUGUGAGCAUCCACGCUAAGUUGGCUCAAUUGAUUGCAUCACCUCCUUUCGAAUUGUCGAAAGCGGACUUCGGAAGUGCCAGCACGGCGUAUGCGGCAUGGGGCACGGACCCGGCUUAUACAGGGAUGGUGGCAGCCAUUGAUAUGUUCCUGUGUCGGUUCCCGGCAAACAAGUAUGCAUCAGUUCGUGCAGGAACCAUGCCAUCAAGGUACAAGGACUGUUCAGUUUUUACUUCGUUGGGACAGGUUUUAUCCCUAACUGGAUUGAGUGUGGCAGAGCUCUUCCGAUGGAUGUUCCUGGAAGGAGUGGCGACGAGGAUGGGAUGUGUUGUCCUCGUCGCCAGAAUGUAG